AUGUCACGAAAGAUGAGGUCAUGCUCCUGGUUCAAAGGUGGGAAGUUCGGGCUUCCUUUGGUGGAUGUCUAUGGGGACGUCGUGGAACGGCCCAGCAUCGCCAGCGUCUUGGAGGCGAAAAAGGCCUUGCCCAGUGACGAGGCGGUGGCGAAGAUCAAGAAGCAGUUCAAGGAGCUUGAUGUCAACAAGGACGGCGCUUUGCAGUUUGAUGAAAUGAAGCAGAUGCUUCAGACUUUGAAUCGAAGCCUCUCAGAGGUGCAAGUGCAGAAGUUGUUUUGCGCUGCAGAUGUGAACCAGAAUGGCACGGUGGAGUUGGAUGAGUUCAUCGAUUUCGUGAUGCACGGCAAGCAGGCGGUAGCAAAAGUUCUGCAGGAGCCCCCACAGGGCACACCCACCACUGUGGGUAUCAGAGAUGAAUGGAAGAAGCAAACUUUGGAGGCGCACAAUGCGUAUCGAAAGGAACAUGGCUCGGCGGAUUUGCAGUGGAGCGAUGAGUGCUACUUGAGUGCCAAGAAGCAGGCGAAUGCGUGCCAAGAAAAGUCCGCCAUGUUCCAUGAUAAUUGCUCUGGACCAAGUGGCAGGCAUGGACAGAACAUCUUUUGGUGCAGCGCACCGGGAAGCUCAGCUGAGAGGAUGGUCAAGGCCUGGUACGAUGAAAUCGUCAGCCCUGGAUACGACUUUGCGAAAGCCACCUUCACACCUGGCACGGGCCACUUUACUCAGGUGGUUUGGAAAGGAAGUACCCACGUCGGCAUGGCUUUGUCAGAGGACGGCCGCUUCUGCGUGGCCAACUACUUCCCAGAGGUGCUGGGGGUGUCGGUGACUGAGAACACUGAAGAGAGCCACAGGAACAUGCUGGGACGAUUUAUGUCCAGCGAAAAUCAGUGGGGUGAACCUGAAGCGGUGACUGGCAAGGCCAACGAUGGCCAACGGCACAAGAUGACAUCGGCUUGGGACUCCGGUAUGCGGGCACUUCUCGAGGGCUGCCCCUUCCCCUUCAAGGACAGCUGGGCACAGUUGUGUUCGAUCUUUGUGGCAAGGCCAAGGAAGGAAGCGAACAUAGCAGAGGACAAGAUUGACGCUGCCUUCAAGGAAGGGGCGGAGGUGACUGUGCAGAAGCUUGGUUACAUUUACCCGGAGGCUGCCGGAGGCUGGAAGGCCACUGAGCUCACUGGGCCGCGGAAAUCCAUUGAAGUCACCAUCAAGAGUCUGUCAGGCUGUGUAUCGUUUCACCCCACCCCCGUGCCACGUCUCAAGGAUGCGCACAAUAUCUUCCGGAAGGAGCAUGGAGUGUGCGCGUUGCAGUGGAGUGAUGAGUGCUACAAAGCCGCCAAAGCACAAGCCAACGCAUGUCAAGCGAGAAGGUGUAUGUUUCACGGCACGACCUCUGGGCCUUCCGGGGACCAUGGGCAAAACAUUUACUGGUGCAGCGCCCCUGGAUCUUCGGCCCAGGAGAUGGUGAAGGUGUGGUACGAUGAAAUUGAGCAGUAUGACUUUGGCGCGGCGACCUUUCACGAAGGGACCGGGCACUUCACGCAGGUGGUUUGGAAAGGGACCACACAUGUGGGAAUGGCUUGCUCAGAUGAUGGGAGAUUCUGCGUGGCGAACUAUUUCCCAGCCGGCAAUGUGAUGGGGCGCUUUCGGCAGAAUGUUCUACCGCGAGGCAGUCCAUACGUCGCUGAGAAGGAGAAGCCAAAACCUCCUGCACGAAGGAUGAGCUGGAGCGGUGUCUCAAGUGGCCCUGGGCAAGCACCAGGAGGCCCACGCCGCAGUGGACGUGCCGAGGCUCCACACUUGAAUGACUUGCAAGCCUUUUUCAAGGACUUCCAGGACCUCCAGGUCUCCAAGGACACGACCAGCUCGAAGCGGCACUCCGGCUAUGGCGGCUAUGGCGGUGUGGUGCAAAGCUUUUCCAGAGAAGCACGGGACACCUCCGGCACCUCGACACGGAGGAGUCGAAGCACUGGUUACGGCGGCACAACAACCACUGUGACCAGGAGCGUGCGCCAUGAUGGAAGUGUUGUGACCACGACCAAGACCACCACUGUGAGGAUGGUCCGCGGAUAG